GCUGAUUUGACUCCGGGCUGAGGACGGAGCAGCGGAUGUAAACAAAGCGUCUUCUCCUUGGUAAUGAGGGACCAGCUGUAUGGAAGAACAAUGAAAUGAUUUUGGAAUCUAAGUAGCAACUAUGAAGGGCCCGGCCCGUGUGUUCAGGAGUGGGCAGUCCUUAGCUGCCUUAUUGACUACCCUACUCCCUCUGACAGUGUCACUGCUUCUUUGGGCUUCUCAUUCAGUUGCACAAGAGAGUGCUGGUAUUACCAAUGCCAACAGUAGUAACAAAGAUGUGGGACCAGAAGUUGUUAGCAGUGGAGACAGUGGGGAAAACAAACCAGUACUCUAUGUAAACAGCCCCCAGCUUCUUAGAGAAAUGCGACGGCAGACCUUUCUUAGACAUAAUUUUAGACUUUCAGCUGGUAGAAGUGAAGGAGGAGCUCAGGUGGAUGUGUUGGAAGGAGAAAUCCCUUUAAUGAAGAGGGCUACUAAUUUAGGCAUUCAGAUGAGACACAUUGCCAAUAAUGAGUUGGGAGUCACCCACAUGCAAGCCAUCUUUGAUGAGCUUCCUUAUUCAGACAUAGAAAGAAAGGAAGAGGAAAUUGUCAAAGAGAUGGUGCAGUCCCUAGAACACAAAUUCUCUCUGUUCUCAAGUGUAAUUAGGGAGAUGGCAGUUGUGGUUGAAACUCAUUAUUCCCAACAUAGUCAAGGUGGGAUAGAUGUUUUUCAUCAUUACAGUGAUGAAAUAAGCUACAACCCUUGCUGCCUCAUCCCAGAUCACUACCUCCUAUACCAGAGCCACUUUGGAACGCGUGUGAAUGAGGAAUUAUGGUGCGACUCGGGCUUAGGUACGAGUGAAGACUCCCUUCCAGCAGACUUUUACUUUCCACCAUAUAAUCUUACAGAAAUGUUUGUCCUCAAUCUGCGGAGAUACCCAUCCAUCAAGUGGCAAUAUUUCAUGUCUGUUGAUGGCCUGCACUCUGAGUAUCCUGCACAUCGAUCAGACACUGUUAUUGCAGCUGAUUGCAGCCAGUCUGGUCGUCAUGGACAUGUCUAUGAGGCUACAGUCAGGCCUGAUGGUAAAAACAUAGUGCUGCUAUAUGAUCUGGGAGAAGCUCUUACUCCAAGAUUGCUUCUUACUGCAAAAGCUAUAGGCCAUCAGAUUGCAUCUACCAUAAUGCAACAUGACCAGAUAGCUGUGUUGGGUUUAGAAGGCAGUGUUGUUCGACCUGCAGCUCCUUGUAUGAAUUCCACACUGGUUCCUGCUACACACACUGUUAAACAUGCAAUUAGACGUUUUGUAAAUUACAUGGACAUUCAUAAUGAGCCAACCAAUCACAGCCUUGGACUCAUCACUGCAAUGGAGAUGAUUGCAAAUUGGUCGUCCAGUCUUUCAUCAUCUAAUAAAUCAGUAUUAUUAAUGUAUGUGACUUGUGGAAAGCUCAACAAGCACACUCAAAUCCACACAAUCUUGCAGCAUAUGGCUGUGAUGUUGGAUGUAAUACCAACAAAAGUUUUACUGAGUGCCUUUGGGCUUGGAAUAAGCAGAGAUCAGCCAUCAAGAGAAAGGCAGUUCUUAGAAGCACUUGCUUAUCAAGAAUUUAGCAAAUAUAAUAUACAAUCUACCAGGCUGCCUAAUAAGGGAUUAGUGGUAGGAUUAGACUCCACUCUGAACGUUGCUCCAGUUAUCAAUAAUUUUUAUGAUGCUGUGCAUGAACCCAAGGGACACAGUGAUGGCCUGCAGAACUUGGUGAUCUCCGACCCUUACUGGGACGAAGAUGGGAGAGGCAUGGUGGUGUCUCUCACACAAGUGGUGCAGACUGGAGAGGGUAAAGUGAUUGGAGUUAUUGGUAUAGAUAUUCCUCUGGCUAAUCUCUUGGAGGACAUCACACACUACAGUUCUCCAGCACAUUCUUAUGCCUUCGCUACUGAUUCUAGAGGGAAAGUCCUUGGUCAUCCUCGACUUGGCAGGCCUGAAUCUUGGUCCUUGCCACUGGUCCCAACAGACAUUGCUCUGCUGGAACAAACUCGCAAUUUCACUCUAGUCAGGGAUGACUUUAUUAGAUUAUCAUCAGGAUAUAGAGUUUUGAUUGACACAGAUCAGAGUAGAAGCAAAAGGGAGGAGCUCCAUUACUGGUGGUUCCGAUCUUCAUCUUGUGGAUGGAUUUUCAUUGUUGCCUGGAGGGACUCAGGAAGGCCUCAUAAGAGAUUGAGUAGAAAUGUUCCUCCUUUACCUCCCUCUGCCCUCUUCCAUCGUCUUGACCUCCUUGAGCCAAGUGAAGCACGUGUUUGUAGGCUCUUCAACCAGAUGGCCACCUUAGAUGGCAGCACGGUGUUCCUGGCAGUUGGCUCUUACGUCUCUCCACUGAGCCAGGUGGCAGGUGGACCGGAGACACUGAGUGCUGUCCAAAGUAUAACAGCUUACCUAAGUGACAGUACGCAACUGAUAGCCAAUCCAGGGUUGAGGAUGGGUGUCCGCACGGAUGCAGCGGCUGUCUAUCAGAUCUCAGACUUCUGGGAGAAACAGUUUCAAAACAGUGAUCUCAGUAAAUACAUUGUUAGAAGAUAUGCGGCAGCCCCUUCUGGAGUGACGCUUAUGUACCCUGGCACUCUGUUAGAUCAGAUGUUUGACCCAAGAUCACAGGCUUGGUAUCUAAAUGCCCUUGCCAACCCUGGCAAAGUGGUUGUCUCUGCUCCUUAUCUUGAUCCUGGUGGUGCUGGACAUAUUAUUACCAUCUCUCACACUGUUUACCAGGGUGGCUCAGCAACAAUGCAUUCAUCAACUGAUCCAGUUGUGGCUGUCCUGGCAGCAGACUUCACCCUUGGCUACUGGUACAAGUUGUUACUUGACUUAGAGCCAGCUUGUGCAAAUGAUGCCAGAUCAGAUGAGAAGUCGGUGAGUGUGAGAUGCUUUUUGAUGGACAACAAGGGAUAUUUGGUGGCACAUCCCUCCAUGCUUUCUCCAGCCUCACCUAAUUUUGGAUCGGACACCCCACCUCACAUCACACAUCAGGAACCGGUUGUCUCCAUGGAGCUUCUUGCAGGGGAAAUACUGACCAAGGCUUCCUGUGGCCGCUGGUGGCAUGGUGUCAGUGAGCGCCAUUACUCCCUCCGCCUCCCUCCUGACCAGAUUGUUGCCUCGCCUGCGGGAGGAAAAGGACAGGUGGACAACUCGUGCCUACGUUAUGCUCUCACCGCAGUGCCUGCCACAAACCUCAUCUUUGGAAUCAUUAACCAGACCUGUACACCAGCUGUAGCUUUCUGCCCAUGUAGCAUGGACGAUCGGCUGUGUUUAAAUUGCCAGCUAGUCGAGGCUGGAGCUUGUGAAUGCCCUUGUGAAUGUCCACUCUCUUCUCUUCCUUGUACCGUCCCUUCAGCCGAUCCUCCAGUAUCUUCCACCCAGAUGCCUUCUGCUUUGGCUUCCUACACCAACUUAACAGAGUCAGUUGAUUACCUCUGGCAAUCAUAUGUUGAGCCAAGACCUGUGAGCAGCCCCUCAGCACCUCGAGUCUUGCAUCUGCCUCGGGUCUUAGAAUUGGCAACCAGGCCCCCACAUUUAGCUCCCACUUGCAGCCGCACUCCCGAGGCAGCUGUACCUCUCCAGUACUCCAUUGGUUUAUUAGCUCACUUAGACCCCUGUGUCCCUGUGUCCUGUGCCACACACCUGGAAUACAAGUCAUGUUUAGGUGUUGUUGGGUGUGUCUGGUGUUCCAGAAAUGGGGAUGGGCAAUCACCGUUAAAUCAUCCGCACUGCAUGGAAGAACACCAGUGUUAUGGGGGGGUGCUAGGUGGGCCCUCACCUUACCCUCAUGGACUGGCAACCCUUCCUCACUCAGACAAUACACAUGGGGGUUCUGGAAGCCCUAUAGGGCCAGUUGCUGGUGGGAUCAUGGCUGUGUUCUUAGUGGUAGCAUUAGCAGUGUACUGCUAUAGGCAACAUGUUGGUGGAACAGGGAGGUCCCUCUACACUCCAGCUAACUUCCAGUCUCGUCCCCAUCCCAUAUAUCAGCCAGAACAUAAUCAUGAAAUUGAUAAUGUGGAGGAAGAUUUAGUGGGAGAUGUAACUGGGGUUAGCUUAGGAGCAGCAGCUACAAUAAGCCCAUACCGUAUGAAUCCAGGGUAUCGGAGACCUCCGGGCCAAGCAGACUCCAGUGAUCAUGGUUAUUCAACAAUGACUCCACAUGAUGACUCUGAAAAUCUGAACUAUAUAGAUUUAGGGGGUAUUGCUGGAUUGCCUUCUCUUUCGGCAACCCAAAUGUUGGACGAUCCACCCUCGUCAUCUGGAUGGUCACCUCCAUCAUCUCCAACUCCACAGGACAGGGGUGGAAGUGUGGGUGUGGAGGAUGAACCAUCUGACUACUCACAUACGUUGUUACCAUCUCGUAAACAUAUGGGACCUAACAUUAUUGUUGUACCGGUUAUAGUGCACAUGGUUGACACAGUAUGAAUUCAAUUUCCAAGUAUGAUUUAAUUUUUAUAUAUUUAUUAUAUCUGGGGAAUGUCAGAAGAGCAGCUGAGAGAGAUGGAUUAAUGUCGAAAAUCGGAUGCUUGUUAUUGCUGAGAGUAUGUGUCAUUGGUAAUAAGUGUACAGUAUAGAAUUGUUCUUUCAGUAGGUUCAUAAUUUGGAAUGUGGUAUCUACACACACGUAUCACAUUGCAGUACUUUAAGUAGCGAGAGCAAGGUUAUUUUAGUCCAUGGCAGCUGGAAAAGGAAUACUAGCCAUCUUCAGGAAUAUGUGGUUCCAUUCUUGAGAGUCCACUUUAGUCCCAUUAGUGCUUUAUUAGAGCAUGUGUGUAUAAGGUGCACAAAGUGUAUUUACCUCUUGUAAAUUAUAAUGUUUUUAAGAGAGACUAGUUUUAAAGAUAAAAUUUGUGUAGAUGUGAAAGUUUGAUGUGGUUUAGGUUUUAUAUUUAGUAGGUUUUAAUAUAACAGUUUAUCUAGUCUGUAGCUGCAGCAAAUGAUAUGAUUUUUAUUUCCUAAUUUAGAAUCCAAAUUAAUUUUGGUAGCUAACUGCUGCCAGCCAGUGGGAUAUCCUCUGACAUAACCAAAGAUUAUUCUCAAUAGCGGCAUUAAUGAAUGUGCCAUCAUGACUUGGAUCAUUCCAUUAGGAUUGACUUCAUGGUCAUUGCUCAGUUACAAAUAACUAAUCAAAAUAAUGACCUUUGCUUUUUUGGAUGUUUUUUAUACAAUCAAGACAAAACUUAAAUGAUUGCCAUUGUUUAACAGUUGUGAAAUGACAGUCAGUAAAUGUUUUAUAUCACAACCCAAACGCAUGUUAUUGUGUUUGUUUUUUUCAGUGAUUAUGAUUUUGUAUAAAUGUAUACAUAUACACAGUAGUAUGUCCAGCAAAGACAAUAAGGUUCAUCUAUUGCAGGAAAAUCCAUAGUUUGGGCUGGAUGAAUUCUGUUUCGAUUAUUCUUGUAUGAUUUCAGUACGUUUUUACUGUGAGACUCAGGAUGUCUUGGACUGUGUAUUUUGCUCAAAUUUAGUGUCACCUACUGGGUCACAUUCCGGGUUUGAUGUGCCAUGUUAACACAGAAUUCGAGUCACUUAUAAUUUGGUCACAAUAUAUAUUUUUUCUGCUAAUGAACAUAAUGUAUAUGCAUUUUUAUUUAUUUACGUUUACAUUUUUCGAUGUGUAUCACAGUUAGCAUUUAGAUUCUUAUAUUUUAUAUAUAUAUAUUUUGUGUUCAUGUGUGAAUGUUUCCAAUACAUUUAUAUUCUUUUGUGUUUGUAAGAUAUAAUAUAUUUUCCUUACACCCUCAUUUUGGUGCACUUCUUUCCUUUGAGUCCAUAGUUCCAUGUAAACUGAUUAAUUGUGCAUUCUGUCAGUUAGAAUAUGUUGAGUCACAACUUCAAAAUCAGUUUCUCUAUUUAUUUUUUAUGGUUUUACAAUCUUUACAGUUAUUUCUUUAUAAAAAAAGCUAUCUCUUCUGAAGUUCCCUAAGUAAGGCAAAAUAGUUUGGUCAGAUAUAUAUCUACCCCAACCAUAUAUUAGUAAGUGUAAAUAAAUAAACGAACACUGCCUUCUUGAUAUGAAGGUUUUCCUGAAAGAAUCAUGCUUGAUUUAUAUAGUGGAGUAUGAUACUCUGUCAGCAUCACAUGGAUACUGGAAUGGAUUGCUUGUUAGGGAAGGUGUUUAGGGACUUUUCAAAGCCAGCAUAGAAGAAUUAAUGGAUACUAAAAUGAAAACAUAUAACCAUUGGUUCUUGAAGUUUUGAGAAUGAAUUAAAGAUUUUCUUGACUGCCAAUGCUACUGAAAAGUCUGUCAUUUUACUUUUACUUGGAUUUUCAUAGAUUUUUCAUACCAGGUUGUACAGUAGAGCUCCUAAGAUUUUGUUGUGGAAACAGGUCCUCUGAGAAGUGAUUUUCGAGGAGUUCUAAGUGAUAUACUGGAUCUUAAAUUAGAGUAGCUAUAUAAUGCAUUCACUGCCAUUUUUGAAGAUGAAUUGAUACGUUUAAUUAUGAGGGAACAGUUAAUGAUACACGCUGAGAAUGCUUUUGCCUGUGGAAAUAUUUAGACUUUCUCCCUCCUACACUUUGUACAUUGUGUGAAGUCUCCUGCUUGGGAAUAUGUUCAUAUUCUUGCAUUCUUGUGUGCUUCCUGUAUGAUGUUAUUCCAGUACAUUAUUCUACAGUGUAUGCUGUAUCCACAUACAUCAGUGAGUGUGAUGAAAUGCUGGUACGUAUGUCAAGAAAGUUAGAUAUAGUUAUUGCAUAUCUUAUUUUGUCUUAGAAUAUAGUUCUCUUUAUAGUUUUUAAACUUUGAUACAAAUUAUUUGGUUUCUUUACUGUAUUUCACAUUUUUACAAAUUAAACAUGGAAAAAUAA